CUCAACCGGAGACUUGCCCAUAACUGCAGAUGCAGAUGAGUUUGUCCCUACACCCUUGUGUGAUAGGGAGAUCUUAACACUUUUUGAAAAAAUGAUGGAAGAUAUGAAUUUAAACGAAGACCGAAAGACUCCAUUGAGGGAGAAGGACUUCAAUACCAAAAAAGAGAUGGUGAUGCAAUAUAUUAGCGCCGCUUCCAAAGUGGGAAGUCUCAAGAGCAGUAGACAGAUUACACCACAGGAAUUCUUAUGUGAACUAAAAUCUGGGGCAACCAAUGAAAGGCUUGUUGGUCUUUUAGAAUCGCUUCGUGUGUCAUUGACCAGUAAUCCUGUCAGUUGGGUUGAGAACUUUGGCAAUGAAGGACUUGGAUUAUUAUUGGACAUCUUGGAAAGACUCGUUGAAGCAAAACAACAGGACAAAAUACUGAAGAAAGUACAGCAUAAGAUUAUACAGUGCCUGAAAGCUUUUAUGAAUAACAAGUAUGGUUUGGAAAGAAUAAUGGAUGAACAGAGAAGUCUUUCACUCCUAGCUAAGGCUAUUGAUCCCAAGCAAACCAAUAUGAUGACUGACAUAGUUAAACUUCUUUCUGCAAUAUGUAUUGUUGGAGAGGAAAACAUCCUCGAAAAAAUUUUGGAUGCAUUGACUGCCGCAGCAGAAGAAAGACACAUCAACAGAUUCUGCCCUAUUGUGGAAGGCCUUCAAGGGAAUUCAGCCCAUUUGCAAGUAGCUUGCAUGCAGCUCAUCAAUGCCCUUGUUACAUCACCUGAGGAUUUGGACUUCAGGCUUCACAUUAGAAAUGAAUUUAUGCGCUGUGGAUUGAAAGAGCGAUUGCCACAAUUGAAAUGCAUAAAGAACGAUGCUUUGGAUAUCCAGCUCAAAGUGUUUUGGGAACACAAAGAGGAGGACAUGAUUGAAUUCUCACAUCGUUUAGAAGAUAUUCGAGCAGAGCUAGAUGAAGCAAAUGACGUUUACAACAUGGUGUGGAACACAGUUAAAAAUACAAGUGCAGAAGGCUAUUUUCUGUCUAUACUCCAACAUCUUUUGCUGAUAAGAAAUGACUAUUGUGUACGGCCUCUAUAUUUCAAAUUAAUUGAAGAGUGUGUUUCACAAAUAGUUCUGCAUCGAAGUGGAGUAGAUCCAGAUUUUAGCUACCGUAAGAGAUUGGAUGUAGAUUUCAGUCAUUUGAUGGAUGUUUGUAUUGAUCAACAGAAAAUAGAAGAACUUGAAGAAAGAACUUCAGAAUUAUCAAAGAAGUUUGAAAAUGAAUUUGUAGCGCAUCAAGAGACAAAGGCACAGCUUCAGAAAAUAGAAGAAAAAAUGGGUCAAUUUGAGGCUGAGCGAAGAGCUUAUAAAUGCCAGAAUGGCUCUACAGCUGGAGGUUUAGAUGCCUGUCCCUUGCCAGUCCUUGAAGGACAAGCCUCUUCAUUCCCAUCCAAUGAUGCCUCGUGUCUCAUGCAACCAUCUUCAACCCCUUUUCCUGGAGCUGGGCCACCCCCACCCCCGCCACCUCCCCCAUUGCCACCACCAUUUAUUCAAGAUUCAAGAAAGCCCCCUCCCUUUGGUUGUGCUGUUCUUCCUCCCCCGCCUCCACCAUUACAGAGCCUGCCUGGAGGACCAUGUUCUCCUCCCCAUGUGCUGCCAUUUGGAUUGAAGCCUAAAAAACAGUUUAAACCUGAGACCACUAUGAAAAGACUCAAUUGGUCAAAGAUUAGACCACACGAAAUGAAUGAGAACUGUUUUUGGUUAACAGCAAAUGAUGGAAAGUAUGAAUGUACUGAUCUGCUGUGUAAACUGGAGCUCACAUUUUGUUGUCAAAAGAAAGUAAAGAAAGAUGAAGAUCUUGAAGAGAAUAAAUGUAUUAAAAGACGAAUCAAGGAACUCAAAAUUUUGGAUCCAAAAACUGCUCAAAACCUUUCUAUUUUCCUAGGUUCUUUCCGGGUGCCUUACGAGGAAAUCAAAAUUAUGAUACUGGAAAUAGAUGAAACCCAGCUCUCAGAGUCCAUUCUUCAGAAUUUAAUUAAGUAUCUUCCUGACCCAAAACAACUUGGUGAAUUAUCCAAGUUGAAAAGUGAAUAUAACAACUUGUCUGAGCCAGAGCAGUUUGCAAUUGUGAUGAGUGGCGUGAAGAGGCUGCAGCCACGCUUGAGUGCUAUCCUUUUCAAGCUCCAGUUUGAGGAACAGGUGAACAACAUCAAACCUGACAUCAUGGCUGUCAGUGCUGCCUGCGAAGAGAUAAAGAAGAGCAAAAGCUUCAGCAAGCUGUUGGAACUGGUGUUGCUAGUGGGGAAUUACAUGAAUGCAGGAUCUCGGAAUGCGCAGACCUUUGGAUUUAACCUCAGCUCCUUAUGUAAACUAAAGGACACUAAAUCUGUUGAUCAGAAAACUACAUUGCUUCAUUUUCUGGUUGAAAUAUGUGAAGAGAAAUACCCUGAUGUCCUGAGGUUUGUUGAAGAUUUACAGCAUUUAGAUAAAGCAAGCAGAGUUUCAGCAGAAAGCUUGGAGAAGAGCUUAAAGCAGAUGGAAAGGCAGCUUAAGCAACUUGAGAAGGAUUUGGAGACCUUUCACCUUCCUGAGGAUAUUCAUGACAAAUUUGUGACAAAGAUGUCCGUCUUUGCAAUUCAAGCAAAGGAACAGUUCCAGAAACUUUCUAGGAUGCAUGAUAACAUGGGAAAACUAUAUCAAAAUGUUAUGGGAUAUUAUGCCCUUGAUUUGAAGAAGGUUUCAGUGGAAGAAUUUCUAACUGACUUGAACAAUUUCAGGACAGAGAUCAUGCAAGCCACAAAGGAGAACAUGAGGAGAAGAGAAGCCGAAGAGAAGCAUAGACGUGCUAAAAUAGCCCAGGAAAAGGCAGAAAAAGAGAAGCUAGAAAGACGAGAGAAGAAAAAACACUUACUAGAAAUGAACACAGAGGGUGAUGAGACAGGAGUGAUGGACAGCCUGCUGGAGGCCUUGCAAUCAGGGGCUGCUUUCCGAGACCGGAGAAAACGGGCAACACGGUCUAAAGAUACGAUACAGAAUCACAGCCCACCGUCUCAGAGGCCUGUUCUGAAAGCUUGUAACCAUGAAAAUCAGGUGGCAACAACAGAAAAGUUACAUUCACACAACAGUACGAAUGUAUUGUUGGCAAGGAAUCAGCUGAGCAAGGAGCAUAACCAUGGGAUGGAAGCCAGUUCAUCUGCAGAAAAGAGGAAAGCCGUUGGGAAGAAGGAUAUCAAUCAUGGUGGAAGCAGCAAAGAGAAGGAAAUAGAGCUUGCUGGAUGUUCUUCCAAACAAGAAGCGAUUCCUGAAGUGGAGGCUCUGCUUGCACGAUUACGAGCACUGUAAAUUCUUUCACCAGUAUAACAUUAGGACAGCCCUUUCAAACACUCAGAAAAAGGAUAUGCUUGCUUAUAGUUGAAGAUUCUGAUAGGGAGUUUUCAAACACGUGUUAUCCACCUGCAUUCUGAAAUGACACCAUCUUAGAAGACUGUACCAUGUACUUUUUCUGAAUGUUUGAAUCAUCAACAUGAGUAAGACAUUCUUGUCUGUUAUUUAUUUAGAAUAUAUUCCUUUUCAUGACGCACAUAUUAUAUAUUCAUGAUGCACACAUAUUAUAUAUUCAGUAUUAUACUUUAGGAAAAGUACAAACUCAUCAUGUCUUCUGCCCAAAUAUAAAAUAGUUCCUUAUGUAACUGUAAUGUGGAAGAGCUACUGGAUGGGAGGCAAUUCAAUCAUGAUAUAAAUGAAAAGGGAUACAUUUUCUUGACUCAGAUCUUCACUGUGUGCUGUACUUUAUAAAACAAUUUUAUGCUAUUGUUGGAUUUUUUUCAAAUCCAAGACAAAAUAUGUAUAUUCUAUGUGUAUUUCUAGAAAUUUCAACAAAAUGUGCAAUACAAUAUUGUACUCUAAUGAAUGUAUUUUAUAGUUAUAUUGCAAUUGCUUGUCAGAUGAACAUAUUUAUGCUAAAAUUACUUCUGUAUUAUAAAAUGUAUGUC